AUGCAGCAAGACCCGAAUUCUAGACCCGCCAGUGGGUAUCCUUACCCGAAUCCGCCUCAGCAAUCCAAUACCAAUGGUUAUCCUCCCAACGCCAACCCAUACCACAACCACAACACUUCCUACGCGCCGCAUCAUAAUCCACGCGCCAUCCUAAUCCGCCGCCUCUUCAUAGCCUCAAUGGUCUUUCUCCUCGUCUUAGGAAUCAUCUUCUUCCUCUUCUUCAUCCUCGUCCGUCCCCAAUUACCAUACGCUUACAUCAACUCUCUCUCCCUCUCCAACUUCAACGUCUCCAAGAAUCACCUCACCGGAAACUGGGACCUCCAGCUCCGAUUCCAAAACCCUAACACGAAGAUGUCGCUUUACUACAACACUGUCUUCUGCACUCUCUAUUACAACCGGGUUUCUCUGUCUGAGACGCGACUACAGCCGUUCGAUCAAGGGACGAAAGAUGAGACCCCGAUCAACGCUGCGCUCUCUGUCUCCGGGACUUACGUUGAAACUCGGUUGGCUGAUUCGAUUGGGAAAGAGAGAGCAGCGAAAGGAAGCGUUGAAUUCGAUUUGAGGAUGGUUUCUUCGGUUACUUUCCGGUAUGGAGUUUACCGGAGGAGGAGAUACGUUACGGUUUACUGCUAUGACGUGGCGGUUGGUGUUCCGGCUAAUAGUAGUUCAGGGAAGGUGGUUGGUUCCGCUAAGAGAUGCAAAUCUUUUUGAAAAUAUACAAGUGAGUUCGUUUUGUUUUUUUUAGUUUUAACUAAUUUCUUUUGUUUCUUGCGAUGAGGAAUGAAUGUAAAUCAACAAUGGUUGGAGGAAGAACAAAAAAAGAAAGAAAAAUUUCAGCUAAAUGUUGUUGGAAUGAUGAUUCUCUGAAGAUUGCUUUUGGUGAAUGACUCUAUUUUCUUACUUUGCGAUAAAUAAUAGAUUGUGU